AUGUCAUCCUAUUAUAAACACAAGCCGAUACAAAGUUGAUACCGAUAAUAUAAGGAUAUAAGUGUAUCGUACUAUCGUACUUCUUGCUGCUUUUGUAGAUUAUUGUGAACACAUCCACUAAGCUGAAGUAUGAUAAAAAUCAAAGAAGACGUGCAAAGUGAAACUAGAUUCAAUGGCGCUGUGUCUUCGACAUCUUCGAAAAGUAGAAACCGCAAAUAUUCAGUGAAAGACAAAAAUCUUGUGUUGUGGAGAUCACCAAUAAAAACAUCAAAGUAUGCUGGACUGGAAAUAAUAUCUCUUAUAAACUUUUACGGAAAACGGUUAAUUUUCAACCGGAAUUUGGUGAUAGGGCUGAUAUUAUUUUUAGUAACGCUCAUAGCUAUGUGCCAUGUUCCGGGAUAUCAUCAGGAUUUUAUUCAAAUACUGAAAGUCAAUGGAUUUUUUAUAAUAUAUUGGGUUGGACUGGGAGUCCUUUCAUCGGUUGGUCUAGGAACAGGCUUGCAUACGUUCAUAUUAUAUUUAGGACCUCAUAUUGCCAGCGUCACCUUAGCAGCCUACGAAUGUAAUUCAUUGGAUUUUCCGGAGCCUCCUUAUCCUAACGAAAUCAUCUGCCCAGAUAGUGGUAAUUUCCGGAACCUCCCAUCUAUUUGGAACAUCAUGACAAAGGUGCGAUAUGAAGCCUUUUUGUGGGGUGCUGGAACAGCACUUGGAGAACUUCCUCCAUAUUUUAUGGCCAGAGCCUCAAGACUGUCAGCAGAAAAGCAUGAGACUCGAAAUAUUUGUGAAUUAGAGAAACUACACAAACGCAAAGAACACGGUGAAAAGUUAAGCCUCUUCGAAAGCGGCAAAUUGGCAAUGGAAAAAUUUGUAGAAAGAGUUGGUUUUCUUGGAAUUCUUCUUUGUGCAAGUAUCCCGAAUCCUCUUUUUGAUCUUGCUGGAAUUACAUGCGGACACUUUUUAGUUCCAUUUUGGACGUUCUUUGGAGCAACUCUUAUAGGCAAGGCGAUUAUUAAGAUGCACAUACAAAAAAUAUUUGUAAUAAUUGCUUUUAAUGAAAACCUGGUAGAAAAAGCAGUUGACAUGUUAAUAUUAGUUCCAGUUUUUGGCAAAAUAUUACAAGAACCUUUUAAAUCCUUUUUACAAAACCAAAAAGAUAGACUUCAUAGAGGAUCUGCCAAAUCUGCUCAGAAUUCAUCAAACAUAAUUCAAAAAGUAUUCGAAUUUCUAGUGAUUGUAAUGAUCUGCUUCUUUAUUGUAUCUAUUGUUAAUUCGCUAGCUCAAAGUUAUCAAAAAAAAUACAAGAAAAAUAAAAAAAAUAAGACAAUGUAAAUUGCAUUUAGCAAACAGCAUUCAGUAAUGAAAUAAAAUGUCAU